AUGCUUAUUAGGGCUAGGCCUCUCGGAUGCUUUGUUACAGUUGUUAUACUGCUGGUGAUUUUAUUGAGGUUGAUAGCGGGUGGAUACAUUAGCAUUGAAGGCUAUAAUUCCGAUUGGUGGCUAAAACCAAAUGUUUACUCCAUUGGUGAUCCAUUAGAGUUGGUGGUUAACACAGUUGAAUCUGAAAUAACAGACAUACCAUUCGGUUACUACGACUUGCCGUUUACGUGUCCGCCAACACCGGAAAAGAAGCCGUUGCAUCUUUCGCUGAAUGAAAUCAUUAAAGGAGAUAGAAAAUGGGAGAGUGAUUAUAAGCUGGUUGUUGGCCAGGAUAAUCCUUGUGAGAUUCUAUGUGCAAGGAAAACUACACGAGAAGGUUUACAAACGGCUAAGGAUUUGAUUAAAAGUGGAUACAUGGUACAAUGGAUGAUUGAUGACGAUUUACCUGCGGCAACCACUUACAUUUCCACUACCGAUAACCUAAAGUACUAUGCGCCCGGCUUCCCACUGGGUUCCGUAGAUCCUCGGAGCAGUAGAGUCUUUUUCAACAACCAUGUAAUGCUUGUUAUUAGGUAUAACUUGGUUGAUUCCGAUAAGGUAACCAUUGUUGGAUUUGAAGCGUAUCCUAAAUCUGUAUCUGAUUACCACUGUCCUGGAGCUUCUAAAGAUUUUAAACCCUUUGAGAUAACUGACCCCCCAUUGGAGGAAAUCGUUUAUAUCCCAGUAACCUAUUCCGUUUAUUGGAGGGAGGAUGCGGAAAUUGAUUGGUCCGAUCGUUGGUCUCUAUACAUCAAUCGUGCGCAAUUGGCAGAUUCUUCGUCCUCCACAUUCCACUGGAUGGCUUUGGCAAAUUCAGUUGGUAUCGUUCUAUUCGUUACAUUUAUCGUCAUUGUCAAUCUGAUAAUGAUAUUUAGAAAUCCAAAUGAACAAUUGGAAUCAAAGGAAAAUGAAGAUUCGAGUGAUAUUUUCAAUGUAGCAAAUAAUUGGUUGAGAGCUAGACAAGGUUUCCAAUUGAACCGUUUGAUUGUUUGUGUUUCCAUGGGGAUUCAAGUCAUGUUUAUGAUCCUUGGACCUCUAGCGAUCUCGUUAUCAUUGACAAGGUUGCAUAAUAUCAAGAAUUCAGUGUUGACUAUAGCCGCGCUAUGUUUCGUAGCAGGUGCAUUCAUGGCAUCAUUUGUCGGUACGUGGCUGAAAAUGGAUCAAAACAUCAGCGCGUAUACUUUCUACAAUCCAGUAUUUGCAGUUCUAUGUGGCUCUGCGCUACCAGGUUCAAUUAUGGUACUGACACUUUCACUAAAUUGUAUCAUUUGGAUUUGGGAUUCUACUAAGGCGCUGCCCUUCGGUACAAUGGUGGUCUUUGUCUCAUGGUAUUUUGUCGUUUGCAUCGUGGUUAGUCUCUUGGGCGGUGCUGUAGCUGCGCAAAUGCAUCGUUCAGUGCGUCAUGAUGCACCACCGGCAACAACAGCUUCCGAUCGAAAGGUACUUAGACGAUCAAGAGCUAUAUCCGGUAAAUUGGUAGUUUUCUUGGCGGGGCUAAUUAGUGGGUUCCUCCCCUUUGUGAUUAUUUAUGUGGAGCUGGAAUAUCUUUACAAAUCAGUUUGGUUAGAGAAAACGACCCUUUACUACCUUUACAGUUUCCUUUUCGCUAACGUUUUAUUGCUUUGCAUUGUCGUUUGUGAAAUUUCAUUAUUAGGCUGCUUGGUACUGAUGAAAUUAAAUCAUAAAUUUAUUAACGAUCAAAAUUGGAGGUGGAGGUGUUUUGUCAUUAGUACAGGUUGCUCAUGGUACAUGGAAAUAUACUCAUUGUAUUAUAUUUUCUUCAUUAUUCAUAUGACAGGUGAUUCGGCUGUGUUCAUCUCAGUCUGCUACAGUUUUAUUUUCAAUGUUCUUUGUGGACUGGCAACAGGUUCCUUAGGAUAUUUGACAAGUUCAUGGUUCGUCAAAAAAAUACAUCGCACGAGAUACACCAGGAAUUGA